UUUUAGGGAAGAACUGACAAAAAGAGGAAAGAUCGAAGGCGCAGCAGAAUCAAUUUCACAGGUUUUCUGUCUCGCUAACGAGUCUGGUCAAGACUGCGCGAAGCAAAUAGGAAAAUGGCAAGAAAUAUGGGUCAUCUCUUGAAAUCGUUGAUUGAGCUUCCAAUAUCCAAAGUUGGUUUUUCAAAGAACUCAGCUGGUCGACUCAUUUGCUCUUCAACUCAAGGAGAGCAAAUCAACCAGGAUCAUGAUGAAGAGCAUGAUGCUCAUACUUUGGAUGAGAAGGAGAAGGUUGAUUACGAAAAUGAAGGGAAUAUUAAACUUGAGGACAACAAUGACGAAGAGGAUACUUCUAAUGUUAACAAAAAGACUGGUGAGAUUGGAGGCCCUAAAGGUCCUGAACCCACCCGCUAUGGUGACUGGGAGCGUGGUGGCCGCUGCUCUGAUUUCUAAUCUUCUUUUCAGCUUUUGAUUUGAACUGUCGUCUUACAGGUAAUGAGUUCCCUAUCAGAUAUGUUGGAGAUGAAGUAGUAAUAAUGUAGGUGUUAUUUUUCAAAGUUCUUUUUUUUUCUUUUUUCGCGGUGCUUGAAUAAGAGCAGUUGUUACAUGAUUAUACAACGCAAAGUUUCUAAUAAUAUAGGUUAUAGUCUUGUUAAUUACAAUUUACAAAUUAUUAUCUCUAUGAUUAUAGGGUGAUGCAAGAAUAUUAAUUGUUCAAUUAAAUCUGGGAUUAGAUGAUUUGAUGUUUUCUGGUA